GUAAGACUGGUUGAUGGAAUAAAACCAACAGAAGGAAGGGUAGAGUAUUUAUAUAAUGGUACAUGGGGAACCAUGUGUGAAUUUUCCAACUGGAGGAUCGAGAACGCACAAGUUGUUUGUCGGCAACUUGGACUCAAUCCUGAAGGCGCUGUUGUGAGAGGUCCAGCUUAUUUCGGAGAAGGAAAGGGGUCGAUAUGGUUCUCAAGAGUAGAGUGUACCGGAAGUGAAUCCAGCCUGGCUGACUGCCCACAUAGGGGUUGGAAUAAACCGGACUGCGACCACUCUGAAGAUGUAGCGGUGUCAUGUGGUCGUAAGUAA